AUGUCGGGGGGUCAACAUAUUGGAGGUGUUUUAUCUGGUGUGAACCCGUUUCACUAUAACACAAGCUCUCCAAUUACCUUAUUUUUAUUUCAAGCAUGUUUAAUAUUAUUAACCUGCAAUUUAUUACAUUUUUUCAUUGCAAAACUACGGCAACCAAAGGUGAUAUCAGAGGUUAUUGCAGGUGUAAUAUUAGGACCAACAGUAUUAGGUCAAAUUCCAAAUUAUUUAGAAACAAUAUUUCCUGAUGAAUCAAUAGUGGGGUUAAAUUUAACUUCAAACUUGGGAAUUAUACUAUUCAUGUUCUUCUUAGGUCUGGAAGUGGAUAUAGAUUUUAUUAAAAAACAUAUUAAAACAGCAUGUUCCAUUGGUUUGGUCAGUUUGGCUGUACCGUUCGGCUGUGGGUGUUUAAUAGCAAUACCGUUAUUUCACACAUAUGCAAAUCAAGAUCCAAGUGAAGGAGUCGUUAAAUUUACAGUUUUCAUGGUAUUUAUUGCUGUGUCUAUAUCUGUCACAGCAUUUCCUGUCUUAUGUCGUAUUUUGAAUGAACUCCGUUUAAUUAAAGAUAGAGCUGGUAUAGUCGUGCUUGCAGCAGGAAUAAUCAAUGAUAUUUUAGGUUGGGUACUACUGGCGCUUAGUGUCAUUCUAUCAAAUUCAGAAUCAUCACCAGUUAAUACAGUUUACAUUUUAUUGUGCACACUUGGUUGGUUCCUUUUAUAUGCCUAUCCGGUGAAAUAUAUACUAAGAUGGAUGUUAAUAAGAUUCCAUGAGUUGGAUAGGCCAAAACCCUCAACAUUUGCAACCAUGUGCAUUUUAUUUUUAAUGUUCAUUUCAGCAUAUUUCACUGAUAUAAUCGGUGUUCAUCCUAUUUUUGGUGCAUUUAUUGCAGGUCUAAUUGUUCCUAGGGAAAAUAACUAUGUCAUUAAACUAGUAGAAAGAAUGGAAGAUAUUCCCAACAUUAUACUAAUACCAAUCUAUUUUGCAGUAGCAGGCCUCAAUGUGGAUUUGACCUUAUUGAAUGAAGGAAAAGACUGGGGUUAUGUUUUUGCCACUAUAUUUAUUGCUAUUGGUGCAAAAGUUAUAUCUGGUACCGUGAUGUCAAAAUUACAUGGUUUAUACUUUAAGGAAGCUGCUGCUGUGGGUGUUUUGAUGUCAUGUAAAGGUAUCGUUGAAAUUGUUGUCUUAACAGUUGGUUUGAAUGCAGGGAUUAUUACAAAGAAAAUAUUUGGCAUGUUUAUCUUGAUGGCUUUAGUUUCAACAUUUGUCACAACUCCAUUGACUCAGUUAAUCUAUACAGACGAAUAUAGAGUUCUUGUUCGUAAAAGAAUAUCUCAGCAGAAACUCCAAGAUGAGAAAAUGGAUUCUGAAAUCCCUAUUAUUGAAGUAGACACCUUGUCAGAUUCAGAGACUGAUGAAUUUCUCAAAUUAAAAUCAUUUGAGAAUAUUAAAGACUAUAAGCCAAGAAGAAUUGUCAAUAUCAUAAAUUCUGCUGAAUGCAUUUCAGCAAAUUUAGAUCUUUUAACUCUGGUUUUAGGGGGUAGAACAGUAGACAGUACUUCAAAAAAAUUUUCGCAUGUGAAUCUUGGUUUGAGUAGAAAAUCAAGUAUGACUACAAUGAAAUCGAAAUCAUAUAAAUUAAGAAAAUUAAUAUCACAUAAAGACGAUAAUCUCAAUGCAAAUUCAUCAAACACCAUAAUGGGUGGGAUCAUUGAGCAUCCCUCCAAUUUUGAUGAGAUGAUACCUUUAAAGGCAGUGCAUCUACGGUUACUAACAGAAAGAACGACGGAUUUAUUACAGUCAUCGACAUUCUACAAUGAUGAUCCAGAUUUUACAGCAAAUACAGAUGCUUUGAUCCAAAUUUAUGAUAUAGUUACACGGUUGAGUAAGAUCCCCUUUACAAGUGAGGUAGUUUUUUCUACAUUAAAAGAAAAAGCUACUAAUAUCAUAUCUUUGGAUGCAAAGAAUAGUGAUAUAAUGCUUAUGACGUUGAAAGGUGCUUCUUUUGAACAUCGUAACAACCCAUUAGUUCAAGAACAAUAUGGUAACUUUGAACAUAUUUAUUCACAUAUAUUGGGAUGUAAUGAGUUACCUUCUCAUUUUUUUAAUACACUGGCUACUUCGUUAAAAACAAACGUAAUGAUUCAUAUUUCAAAUAAUGGUGGAAUGAUCCUUUCUGACAGAUUCCGUAAUAAGUGUUACAAUUUGCUUUUAUCGAAUCCUUAUUUAUGUUCAUCGGAUUACCUUGCAAUUUACACUUUAGUUUCUAUCUGUCAUAGAGAAAUUAAAGAUGGAAAUAUUAUUGAUGCUAACAUAUUUAUGAACUCUAAAAUUCCUAAUUUUUCUGAAAAUUUGCAUAAUCUGAUGACCUAUGAAGCUUGGUUCGAUGAAUCUAUCAUCAAUAUCGUACCUAUAGAAAUCAAUGACACUUCUGACAAGAACAGUUCUGAUUUUAUUGAUUUGAUAUUACAAAGUGGGACUAUUGAUAUGUACAAUUUAGAAGAGAGUACGUUUAUCAUUCCUGAAAUUGAAUUUUCGAUAAAUGAUCCAUUUUCUUUUAAUGUAAAAUCUCUAAUAUUGCACGGUGCUAAUAAGAAAUUUAACGUAGUAGUUUCUCAUUACAACAAUCAACAGUCAUCUUUCACAAGGUCAGAUUCAUAA